CCUUCAUAACAAGUAAAUUAAUACGUACAUACACUUUCCCUACUAAACAUAGUAAAAUAUCCAACUCCAUUGCUCCAAAAAUGGCAUCCAAAAUCACCAACACAAUCCUUAUCUUUUUCCUUGCCCUUAACAUAACAUUUUUCUCGGUCGUAUCGGCGACAUACCCGCCGAGGACAUGCCCUAUUGAUACUCUUAAACUUGAAGUAUGUGCCGAUGUGCUUAAUGGUUUGCUUAAGGUAACUUUAGGAACCCCUCCAAGCCGACCAUGUUGUAGUCUCCUACAAAACCUAGCCGAUCUCGAUGCUGCGGUUUGUCUAUGCACUGCCCUUAGAGCUAAUGUGUUAGGGCUCCAUCUUGAUGUUCCUGUUUCUCUAAGCUUGCUUCUUAAUAAAUGUGGAUGCCAAUAUCCUCAAGGUUUCACUUGUCCUUAAACUAGAAGGACAUAUUACAAAUCAAGCUUAUUGGUAUUUAAUUUGUCUUAUUUGGCUAUGUGCCUCAAAAACUUAAAAAGUGUGUGAGUGUGUGUGUAAUGCUUUUAUGUUUGAUUGAUUUCAAUGUGGUGUAAUAAGUUCUCAUAGUGGAGAAAGUUCUUGUGUUUGUUUUUGUUAUUUAUAUAUGUUCCUCUAUGGUAUACAACACUUUGUGUGAAAUUGGUCUUAUAGUGCUAUACAUGAGUUAUUUGACAUUAUUU